AUGUCCACAAUCGCGUCCCCCCGCCCCUCCAGCUCCAUCCGGUCGCCUAGCUCGACGCGCACCUCCCUCGAAGUGCCCACUUCCUCUUCGCUCGCCCGUUCCUCCAGCAAAUCGCGUCGCAAUCGCGACCGCUCCGCCCUACGCGACUACUACAACCUCAAAUCGCCCACAUCGGCGCCAACGAGCCAUCCGGCUGAGGGUCUGGGGAUUGACAGUGUCAAGGAGGAAGAGGCUGUCGAGACAAGUGAGUUGGACAAAGCGGGCUUUGAUGCGGAAGAGUAUGUGCGCAAGACGCUGGAGAGAGAGGGCUUGGAGGGCGUGUUGAGGGUGGAGAGCGGGUUGGUUGGCCAGAUCAAGGGCCUCGAUGGAGAGCGGAAGGCGCUCGUAUACGACAACUACUCCAAGCUGAUCGCGGCGACGGAUACGAUUCGGAAGAUGCGCACAAAUAUGGACCCCCUCACGCCCGCGACUUCGACACUCUCCCCGGCUAUCUCACAUAUCGCCGAAACUGCGAGCGCGCUGUCCGCGUCCAUCGCCGAACAUGCCCUUCCCAAAUCCCGCAGUAGUUCGCCGGCGUCGGUUGACGGGAAGAAGAAGGUGGACGAGAAAGAAAAACAGCGGCAGACUGUGCGCUGGGUCUUGGAUGCACCGAGGAGGUUGAGGGCGAAGGUCGCUGCGGGUGAGGAGGAAGAAGCGAGAAAAGAGUGGGAGGAGAUAAGCAGGUUGCUGGAGAAUUGGAAGGGCGUGCAAGGCGCUGAGGAGGUGAAGAUGGCGUGUGAAGAAGCGCUUGCAAGUAACAGCGGGUCGGCCUCGCCUGAGGGAGAAGAGAAAAAUGAGUGA